GGUCUGAGACGGCGCCCCUCCCUCAGUGGUUUUGCCAGUUCACGUUACGGGCCUUAUAGACCGGUGCUGCGCGGCUCAUCAUCAUCGAAACCGCCAAAUGCCAUUAAUAUCAUGCUCUCUUGUGCUGCGAAAAACAUGAAAAUCAGUUGGACUUUAUGAAGGCUCUCCAUUGAUUGGCUAACUUCUUUUUCUCAUGAAAGUACUUCUUUGUUUGCGCUACUAGGCGACUGCCUGGUCAAACACGAGGUAGACUGAGGCACCUCCGCAGGGUUGGAUCUCCCACUUGUUGACAGCUACAGAGAAAGUCGAUCUUUUAUCGCAGCUGCAGAGAAUGUGAAGCUGUUGCCAUGUCAAUAUCCUCUCUAGAAGUGUUCUCUACGGAACCGUUCCUAAAUGGAACAUUCACAGCAGAAGGUUCCUCCUCUGGACCAUACACAGAACCCCACUCGGAGGACUACCUCAUCGCCUUGGGCGACAACAAUGUCACAGGGUCAGACUGCACCUAUAAGGAGGAUUUUAAGCGCUUCCUACUUCCUGCCAUCUAUAGUGUGGUCUUCCUGAUUGGUCUGCCUCUGAACGGAGUGGUCAUCCUUAAGAUCUGGAGGUCACGACCCAACCUGACCCGGAGCAACGUCUACAUGCUCAACCUGGCCACGGCUGACUUCCUGUAUGUGAUGUCACUACCUCUGCUCAUCUACAACUACGCCAGUCAUGACUACUGGCCCUUUGGAGAGCUGGCCUGCAAACUGGUCCGCUUUCAGUUCUACAGUAACCUGCAUGGUAGUAUCCUGUUCCUGACCUGUAUCAGCCUCCAGCGCUACGUGGGCAUCUGCCACCCUAUGGCCGGCUGGCACAAGCAGGGGGGUCGCAGGCUGGCAUGGGUGGUCUGCGGGGGAGUGUGGCUGGUGGUCGCCGUCCUCUGUGCCCCCACUUUCCACUACGCCUCCACAGGAACACAGCGUAACCGCACCGUCUGUUAUGACCUGAGUCGACCGGAGCACUCGGCUGACUACUACCCCUAUGGGAUGGCUCUGACCUGCUUGGGCUUCCUGUUGCCUUUUAUGGGCAUCGUGGUGUGCUACUGUCGCAUGGGCCACCUCCUCUGCCACCCGCCGUCCUAUCAGGGUGUUAACAUGGCCGCCUCAAUGGAGAAACGGGACAAGGCGGUGAAGAUGAUAAUCAUCGUGGUGACGGUGUUCGCUGUGAGCUUCCUGCCGUUCCACCUUACUAAGACCAUGUACCUGUUGGUACGAACCUUACCGGGUGCUCCGUGUGCUACACGGAACCUGUUCUCCGUGAUCUACAAGUGCACCAGGCCGUUCGCCAGCAUGAACAGCGUUCUAGAUCCUAUACUGUUCUAUUUCACACAGCCGCGGUUCCUCAGGAGCACCAGAAUACUGGUCACCAAGAUCACCACUCUCAGAGACAGGGAACCAAGAUCUGAGAAAGUGAGAAACCUCACCAAGAAACCUUGAUUAUUUAGAACCCAUGUUUAACAAGAAGCUCAUUCAAUGAUAAACUCACUUUGAAACAUAAGAACUAAGGUGUGUGUGAAACAUCCACAGUCCACAGUUGUAUUACACCUAGAUACAUGGGUUUUGGGUACCUAGAACCCAUCCAGAACCCUCAUUGACUUCUGCUCUGCCAGCAUGGCAACAAGUCAGUGUGUUUGCUACUGUGUUUGCUUGUGACUGUAUGCUAAAAUGCAUGAAGUAGUCAGCCAUAACACUGCGUUUGGUUGCCAUAGUAUUAUGUAAUGCAUACUGCUAGUUGUUUACUAUAUGAGCCACUAGGUGGCGUGUAUUACCUAUAUGUCCCAUGGCCUUAAAGGGAUAAUCGACCCCAAACCACAAAUUCCUAUGAUUAACAGUGUAUAACACUAAUGUAUGAAAACAAUAUAUAUAUUAUUUUUUUGGGAACAAAUGUUUUAUUUUUAGCCAUGUGAAAAUCGAUGUGGAAUCUUUUGCAGCUCAAGUCAACUACAACACAUGCAAUGCUCUCUUUCUUGGCUGGCUAGCUAGCAAACGUAGCUACACACAACAAUAGCAAAGUCAAUAUCAGCAUGCGAAGUAGCUAGUUGGCUGUAAAAUCACCUAAACAAACUGCACUAUCAAUUUAGGAGUAUAUCUCACUGUGUUCAGUUUGCAGUUCCUCUCGGCCCAGAGUGAGUACAGAAUACGUUGCUAUGGCAACACUGAUCCAUUCCAACGUUUCCCCACAGACACGCAGUGCGCAUUGCGAGAUGGUUCUUGAAGGAGAAAACUGAGUUGAAUAAAUUGGUACAGUGUUUUAGAUUGAGCAUAUCUAAGUGAAAUGUGUACUUUGUCAUGAUGAUAUUUGCCCGAGAAGCCGGUCUUUGGAGGAUAUAUUGACACGGGUGAUGUUAGGCCCGAGACACUGGCUAUGAGGGAAUUAUUGAAACAAUGUUGCAAAUGCCGGAGAGACAGACUGCAAGGUUUAUACAAAUCUCCGCUGUUGAAAACUAAAUGUUAGUAUAAAAGAAAUGUGAGAUGAUGUCUAGAUGCUUUUUAUAGUGGAGAUCAAGUUGAUACAUUUCCUGGCUGGGUUGAUGAGACAGUGGACUGCGCAGUGAGAUGGAACAGAGUAAAUAGGCAUUUUAACGUCAUAGAUUUAGACAGUGGUAAUUUGCGGAAUAGACACCGGCUGGAAUGUGGUUUUAACCAAUCAGCACUCAGGAUUAGACCCACCCGUAAUAUAUAUAAAUGGAUGGAUGCGCUCUAGACAAGUAUGCCCAUACUAUCUAUUGGCCGAUUUGGUGAUCUGGAGUGCAGGUAAUUGUUUUUUAAAACACUUUUAUGAAAUGUGAUGAGAACCAUGUAGCUAUGACGCGUUCCUUCACGAUUUCCUGAUUUCACAGACUGACCGCUUCCAAGUUAAAUCAUGAAGAAAUGUUUUACUUGACCUACCGAUAGAACACAUGCUUUCACCAAAUUGACCAGAGUUUCAUAAAAAAAAAUAUAUAUUCUGGGGGUGGAUUAUCUUUUUGAAAUUGACUGUUUGGACUGGUGUGCUGUUUCCUGUGUGUACUGUACCUUUCCUAUCUAAUAGGUAUUUAGACAUUUUAAAAGUGAGAACGUCUGAGACAAACAUUUUAAAUGUAUUAAAAUAAGCACUUGUAUGCAUGACAAAACAUGUCCCUGACAUGUAGAUGGAUACUGAUGCAUUAUGGUCUAAUUCACUCAAUAGUUGUGCCACUACAAGAUGAGGUCUAGUUUUUGAUUUUUCGUUAAAUGUUGCUUAAUGUGUUUUUGUUUUUCUGUUAUUUUUUUCAAACCAUGGCCUUGUAAAUACAUAAGUCUCCAAGAGAAUGUCACAGGACUAACAGAGCAGCUGUUGUCCCUAUGUGGAUCAGCUGCAGAAGAUUGGAUUGCUCAAUACCACAAAAUGAUUGGCUUGUUUUGGUCAAAUGUGAGUGACAGCUGAUGUUUUUGUUCCUAAGUCUGUCUGGAAUGUGAUGUGUAUGUAUAACCUCUUUCUUAGCAUAAGGCCCUUAAUGAAGUGAUAACAUAAGUUUGAUAUGUGGGGCACAUGUCUGUAUGGGUCUAAUAGGAACCAAGGUAGAUGUCAGAUGCUCUUCUUGGAGCGGAUAUAUUUCUGAGUCAGUGUAUUUUUUUCUACAGUGAAAUCUUAUUUUUAUAACAUAACUGAAUUAUAUUUUUGUUACAAAUUUAGUUUUUCUUCACUUAUGUUUGUAUAUGUAUUUAUUAGUUGUGUUGUUUCAUACAUGCCUCUGCUUUGUAGAUGACCUCAAAUUAACAAGCCUGUUGACACUGUAAUAAACUUGCUCUUGUCAAUAAAGAUU